AUGUUGAUCAAACUCCUCACAGAGGGUAUCAAACAAGGUUGGCAUGAUACAAGUGGUUGUAUAAGCAAGAUGACAGUGGAGAAAAAGAUUCUGCAUGCUUUGAAUUCUGCACUUCAGUGUGAGAAAACUUAUAACAACUAUCAAAGUAAAUGGAAGAAUUUGAAAAAUCGCUAUAAUAGCAUGCUAGAGCUGAUUCGGUUUAGUUCUGCAUUUGGGUGGGAUCCCGUAACUAAAAAGUUUGCAGCUCCUAACCAUGUGUGGGAUGAUUACGAAAAGCUAAUAUUUGAUGUUGGAUUAGCGAUGGGAAAAAAUGUUGUUGGCUUAGGAGAUGAUACUGACGCGGAAACUUUUGGAGUUAAAGAUAAUGCACAUGCGAAUUAUAUUCAAGUCUCUUUGGAUAUUUAG